AUGGCCGCCCCGAUCACCAUCCCCAUAGUAUCCGCACCAUCACCCUCACACUCAAUCUCGCCAAGCUCCAGCUCAGAAAUUCGACCCGUCGCCCCUAACCUCGAAAUUCACCCCCUCCCUUCUCACACUUCCGGUCUCCUCCUCCGCGUGAUUCCCCCUCGGUCUCCCCCCAACCUUCCAGACCCAAACUUCCACCAUGUCCCCUGCGACAUCGUCCUCGCCAUCGAUGUCUCAGGCAGCAUGUCGGCCGACGCCCCGGUGCCCACCACCACUUCUGCCGACUACACAAACGAACAGCCCGAGCACAACGGCCUCUCAGUUCUAGAUCUAGUCAAGCACGCAGCCCGUACCAUCGUCUCCACGCUCAACUCCUCGGACCGUCUAGGCAUUGUCACUUUUUCCACCGAAGCCAAAGUCCUGCAACCCUUGAUGCCCAUGACAGCGCUCAACAAGAAGAAAACAGAAAGAAAUCUAGGCGGGAUGCAACCCUCUAGCGCGACGAAUCUGUGGGGAGGGAUCGUGGAGGGUUUGAAACUUUUUGACGGACAAAGUGGCAGGAUGCCGGCGCUGAUGGUCCUGACGGAUGGCAUGCCAAAUCACAUGUGUCCGGCGCAGGGGUACGUGGCGAAGCUGAGGGCGAUGGAAACGUUGCCGGCGGCGAUUCACACGUUUGGGUUUGGGUAUAGUUUGAGAAGUGGGUUGUUGAAGAGCGUGGCGGAGAUUGGAGGGGGUGGUUACUCGUUUAUUCCGGAUGCGGGGAUGAUUGGAACUGUGUUCGUUCACUCGGUUGCAAACCUCCAGUCAACGUUCGCGAAUAAUGUGGUUUUACGCCUUACCUACCCCAAGUAUUUGGGUCUUGAGGAGACAACGGGAGAAUCGGUGGACAAAGUAGAGUCUGUCCAGCUCGAGAAGGGGGAUGUUGACCCCGACUCAUCGAUGCAACUCACCCUCAACCUCAGCACCCUUCAAUACGGCCAGUCCCGCGACAUCUUCCUCCGUUACGACAGCAAGGCCCAGGAUGCCAUUGCCGACGGUUUCGACUUUGAGUCCCCUCCCUCCGUGUUCGCCACGCUCGAUUACCAACACUUCACAAAUAUCACCAACACCCUGAUUUCAGAGUGUAAUGACAUCUUCCGACCAAAUCCCCAAGUCAAGCAGCUAACCACCGCGCAAACGGCCUACCACAUCUCCCGCUCCGCCCUCAUCUCCUUCCUUUCCUCCCUUCACCGCCUUCGCCCCGAUGGCGAACACCAACCGCGCUCCUUCAACCCCGGCCUUGCCACCUCCCUGCAAACCUUUCUUUCCACCCUGCCCGCCGCCCAACCCGCCUUCGCCUCCGAUCCGCACUGCCGCUCGCUAGUCCAAGACCUCAUCGGCAGCAAGUCCGCCAUCAACGACGCCAACCAAGACGGUCAAGUUGCCCUGGCCCUGACCGAAGAGGACUUUUACAACCGCUGGGGCAUCCACUACCUACCUUCUCUCGCGGGGGCGCACGCCAGGCAGGUGUGCAACAGCUUCAAGGACCCUGGCCCGCUGAUGUACGGCGCGGAGAGCCCGCUGUUCGUUAGAUGUCGAGAUCGGCUGGAUGCGGCGUUUGAUUCGCUGCCGGCGCCGAAGCCGAGUAGGACCACGGGGUUCCAGGGCGAAAUUAGUAUGCGGGCGUAUAAUAGCAGUGGCAAUCCUUGCUUUGCUGGGGAGAUGAGGGUGAGGGUUGGUGUUGCCGUUACUGAAGAUGUGGCUGCGGAUAGCGAUCAGUUGAUGACAAAGGAGAUUGAGAUCAGUAAGCUGCGGAGAGGAAUGAUGGUGCAGACGCCAAAGGGGUUCAGGAAGGUAAGAGCCGUUCUGAAGACGCCUGUUUGCGAGGAGAGCAUGUGCUUGGUUAUGGCUAGGGAUGAAGGGGCAAGACGACUGCUGGUUACGCCGUGGCAUCCUGUUUCGCUUGAUGCAAAGGACUGGGCGUUCCCAAGGGUUGUUGCGCUCGGCGACUACGUCAGUUACACCGGGGAUAUCUACUCGGUCCUGCUGUCAGCUGAUCCGGAUGUGGACGCCCAUGCCAUCAUGGUUGAGGGCGUGUGGGCAGUCACGCUAGGCCAUGGGCUGACGGGAACGGGAGAAGGUGUCGUGACAGCUGCGGAAGAUGUGAGGACGCAUCGCUUCUUCGGUGACUACAAGCUUGGUUCAGGGGCAAGACAUCGGCACCUGUCAACCACCAUGGCGAUUGAUAACAUGUUGGAGGUCAUGCCAAAUUAG